AUGGCUUCAGAUAAAUCCACACCGAGAAGGACAGUCGAGGACGACGAAUCACGUCCAUAUAUCAUAGUCAGCGACAUCGGAAAGGGAAGCUUUGCAACUGUCUAUAAGGGAUACCACGAGGAAACUCACCACCAGGUCGCCAUCAAGUCUGUGCGACGAGAUAUACUUACUGCAAAAUUGUUUGAUAACCUGCAAAGCGAAAUUGAGAUUUUGAAGUCAUUAUCUCAUCGCCAUAUCACGAAGUUGAUUGACAUUGUUCGCGCCGAACGCAACAUAUACCUCAUCAUGGAGUACUGUGCCGGCGGCGACCUAACAAAUUAUAUAAAGAAACGCGGUCGCGUCGAGGGGCUAGAGUACGCACCCUCACCAGGAGCUGCUCUUCAAUAUUACCCUCACCCGAGAACGGGCGGUCUAGACGAGAUUGUCGUUCGGAGUUUCCUGCGUCAACUCGCACGCGCUUUGAAAUUUCUUCGACAGCGAAAUCUCAUCCACAGGGAUAUUAAGCCCCAGAAUCUGCUCUUGAAUCCUGCAUCGCCAGAGGAACUUGCAAAGGGCCACCCUUUAGGCGUUCCAAUACUCAAGGUCGCCGAUUUUGGGUUUGCACGCUCCCUCCCAAACGCUAUGAUGGCAGAGACCUUGUGUGGUUCUCCUCUCUAUAUGGCUCCCGAGAUAUUGCGAUACGAGAAAUAUGAUGCAAAGGCUGACUUGUGGAGUGUUGGUGCGGUGUUGUACGAGAUGUGUGUUGGAAAACCACCCUUCCGGGCCCAAAACCACGUUGAACUCUUGAAGAGGAUCGAACAUUCCAAAGGUGUCAAAUUCCCAGACGAGGAUCCUGCUCGUAUAUCUUCUCAUCCUUCCACUCCACCUACUACAAAGACAGAAGAGCCUACACUUGUUGCUGUUGACAUCAAAGACUUGAUCCGCACCUUGCUCAAGCGGCAGCCUGCCGAGCGCGCCAGCUUCGAAGAAUUCUUUAAGAGCAGAGCACUCGCAAAGUCCAAGUUUCCUCGUCCUGCACCUGAAAUGCAAUCGCAAAAUACGAUGCAAGUAGAGGAAGAGGAAGUCGACGAAAUCCCUCCUGGACAGAUUCCUGAACACCAUAGAAUAAUUCCACCAGAAGUGCUUGAUCCGAAGGCUAUGAUCCCGCCCAGUAAGUUCCAUUUCCGGAGAAGAGACACUGCAGCAGAGGACGUGUCUGCCAUCCCUCCUUCGAUAAGAACGCAGACGACAACUGCCAACAUCGAUCGAACACGAACCACUUCGAAUCCACCCGAUCCUGAAAAGGAAAAGGCAGGUGCGAAACUACUUGCGGCUGAAGGCUCCAUCAUUCCAGGAGAGUCAGAGGAAGAUGGUCUCAUCCGGAAGGAGUACGUUCUCAUUGACCCACGUACAGUCGAAUUCACUCGUGCUGUUGAUGAAUUAAACAGUGCACGACGACCGCUGCGGGAUCGGCGUGUUCCCUUAUCACCUCUCGCCGGCGAAGCACGCCCGCCAGAUCGCACAGCAUCAUCACCAUCAGGUUCUCCGCUUUCCGCACCAAUACCAACAUUCCCACCACCUCCCCACCCUCUCGCCCCUCCACCGUCAUCAUCGCCCACACGCGCCGCUACGAACGCUUUGAGUCGUGCCCUCUCUCUCGCCUCCCACAAGCUUUUUGGUACAUCGGCACCCAAAUCACCUGCUUCUCCAGGCUCCCACCACUACCGCAGCUCCUCGUCCCCUCGGCGUCCACAACUCAUUCUUCGGACUCCCUCUGAAAGAGAGACGGAAAUAGACCCAAUGGAAGAUGAGCUUCUUGCGGAUUUAGAAGAGCUUGCGCAGAAGACAGAUUUCCUCACGCACUGGGCCGAUGAGAUGUAUGAGUAUGUCAAAGCUGUACCUCAGAAACCGCUACCUGAUCCAACGAAGUUUUUACGACGUGAAGGCGAGCCUGAGAAACAUGCGCAGCGGCGGCGAAAUGCGGACCAAGAAGCCGAAUAUAACGCUGUGACGUGCGUCGCCGUCUACAUGCUCCUCAUGUCUUUUUCGCAGAAAGGGAUCGACAAGCUGCGGAACUUUCAAGAGCACCUACGGAUGCGCCAUCCUGAUGGUGGAUUCGAGGUGAGUGAAGGGUUUGAUGAUGCUCUGUUGUGGUUCAAGGAGCGCUUUAUCAAAUGUAGUGAGCGAGCUGCGCUGGUAAAGACGUGGCUCCCAGUGCAAUAUGAUGGCCCUAAGAUAUACCUCGAUCAGUUGGUAUAUGACCGUGCCCUGCUUCUCAGUCGUACCGCAGCUCGUAAGGAGCUCCUCGACCAAGCAACAACCCCAGAUGAAUGCGAGAAGUUAUACGAGGAAUCGCUCUGGUGUCUGUAUACACUCCAAGAUGACCUUCAGACUGAGAAUCCUUUUAUGGAAGAGGAUCGUGCUACCAUCGCUACUUGGAUCACGCGAACAAAGCUCCGUCUCAUUCGGUGUCGCGCACGCAUGAGCAUGAACGACAGAGAUCGGUUACGGGAUGCGCUUGCUGAUCAGAAUCUCGUGGACGCCCGGUAUCCCCCACCAUGGGACCCUCAGGCGGUGCAGCAGGUGCAGCAGCAGCAGCUCCAACAAGAAGCCGUUGUGUCACAGCCAUAG